CCUUCUCGUUUCCUCCUCCUUUCCUUUCCGGCCUUCCCUUGGCGUCUCCUCGCCGCGACCGCGGCCGAAUUCUAAGCCUCCUCGCCGGCGGCUGCCGCCGACUCGCUGGGACACGAGUUUGGAGUUGGAAAUAAAGAAUCAACCUUGCAUCUGUGUCUCUGUGCCACUUUUAUUUGGAUUGCAGCAAAAAAAUUGGAACAAACAAACACCCUUGCAUCUCACUGACUUGAGGUAACUAUGCCAAAGGACAGGAGCUCCCGUGUUGCCUCCUUCGAGAGCCGCCGCCGAUCUCGCGGUUCGCCAUACUUCUCGUCGUCGCGUGGACGGAGCGCUUCUCGCCUUUCAGAGGAAUCUUCUGCGGCUGCUGCGGCGGCCGCAGCAAAGCAGGCCGCCGAGUGGGAGGAGGUCCGGUGCCCCGUGUGCAUGGACCACCCGCACAACGCGGUUCUGCUUGUCUGCUCGUCGCACGAGAUGGGCUGCCGCCCCUUCAUGUGCGACACGAGCUCCCGGCACUCCAACUGCCUCGACCAGUACUGCAAGUCCUCCAAGGAGUCCUCUAAGGAUCCGGGGGCGGCGGCGGCGGCGGCGGCUGCGGCGGCGGAGUGCAGCGAGUGCCAGCAGCAGGUGAAGCUGUCGUGCCCGCUGUGCCGUGGGCCGGUCAGCCAUUGGAUCAAGGACAACGAUGCGCGGAGGUUCAUGAACUCCAAGAUCCGGUCGUGCACCACGGACUCGUGCGAGUUCAGGGGCGCGUACCACGAGCUGAGGAAGCACGCCAGGGUGGAACACCCGGCGGCGAGGCCGAUGGUGGUGGACCCCGAGCGGCAGCGGGACUGGCGCAGGAUGGAGCAGCAGCGCGAUUUCGGGGACCUGCUGAGCAUGCUGCGUUCCGGGUUCAGCAGCGGCGUGGAGGAUGACGGCGGGCUUGGAAACGGCGAAGGGGAAGAGGAGAUAACUGAGACUGCCCUGCACAGCCGGUCCUUCACAAUGGUUGUCAUCAUGCGGUCAACCAGGUCGAUCAACCAGUACUUAUCAGGCCGGAGAACGAUUUUUCUGAUCAGGGAGGGCCUUGGUGAACCCUCCCCAGCAGCAGGAACCAGCGGCAGUGAUGAUGCCAACGCCGCGGCUCCCGACGGCGAGGCAGGGGAUGGCCCUGCGCCAUCAACAGAGGCAUCUACCGGUUCGGCGCAUGACUGCGAAGAAUUAGCCGACGGCGACCCCGCACAAUGAUGGGUAGCAGCUGGUAGGAGGUUCCAUGGCGUCCUCUUGGCCUGAAGAUCCUGACCAGCAUGAUACCGUGCAUCCUGUGCCACCGUGCUGGGAAGGAUAAAAACAUGGAUGCUUGUGUCUCCAAGGCGUAGUCAGGACAUUCUGCCUACGGCAGAGACGAAUUUGAGAGGAGCUUAGCAACGCAGGGAUAGGCUCGAAGCCGUGGUGGAGUUGGGCCUGUACUCGAAGCUCUAAUGUAUUUGCUUGGGUCUGUAGCAAACAAGAAAAAACAAUUGGGUGGCUGUAUUUACCUUGUCUGGGCUCUGGAUGGGUUCGAUUCGCUGCGUUGUAAUCUCACUUAUAUGAAUAGAUUCGUUUUGCGUUGGAGAAUUUGAA